UUUCAACGGUACCGCAGCAGCAGGAGUCGCACUACCGCACCCAAAGGUGCGUAAAAAGACUUCCGCCGCCAUGGUUAGGCCCCCAGCUACAGGUCUACGCAACUAAAAUAUCCCUCGGAGGAACAAUUUGGAUUAAAGAUUUGCUAAAAAACUAAGAAGAGAUUGCUCGGUUGUUACACAUAGCAUAUCGCAGCCGGAAUUAACCGUGCAAGCACGGUGAGAGUCACGAGUAGGGUUACAGCGACACGGAUAGAGCUGCGGCGACGGAAUAAACAGCAGCAAAAGAAAAACGUCCAGCUCCUGCUGACAUUUUAUAUCCCGACAUAGAAGCUAAAAUCGGUGAAUCAGAGCGCAGAGAUGCCGGGCAUGAUGGAAAAGGGCUCGGAUUAUUUAGGGAAGGGUCGCUCAAAUGGCACCAAAAGUCCAUCCACAGCCUCUAACGGACAUUUUUCUGACGAAAGUGGCAGCGACGACGAACACGAUGUAGGAAUGCGUGUUGGAGCAGACUACCAGGCCACAAUCCCCGAUUUUGAGCCCGGUGCCACCAAGUACACAGAUAAAGACAGCGGAGGGAUGCUGGUUUGGUCUCCUUAUCACACCAUCAUUGACUCCAAACUUGAUGAAUACAUUGCUAUUGCCAAAGAAAAACAUGGAUACAACGUGGAACAGGCUCUUGGCAUGCUCUUCUGGCACAAACACAAUAUUGAGAAAUCUCUGGCAGACUUGCCAAAUUUCACCCCGUUCCCAGAUGAGUGGACAGUGGAGGACAAAGUGUUGUUUGAACAGGCCUUUAGUUUCCACGGAAAGAGCUUUCACCGCAUCCAGCAGAUGUUACCGGACAAAUCCAUCUCCAGUCUGGUGAAGUACUACUAUUCAUGGAAAAAGACGCGUUCCAGAACAAGUCUGAUGGACAGACAGGCUCGUAAAUUGGCCAAUAGGAGCAACCAGGAUGAGAGUUACCUAAAAACUGAUGAGGAGAUACAGGAUGCCAAUCCCAUUGAAGCCCACGACAGUGACUAUGACCCCAGCAAGGAAACUAAGAAAGAGAACCAGGCAGAGCCCCCAGUGCCAGGAUCUAAGGUAGCUUUGGGUCGUAGGGAGCAUCAGACCCUGCAGCACCGGCAUCACCAACGCUCCCGCUGUCGUCCCCCCAAAGGCAUGUACCUGACCCAGGAGGAUGUUGUGGCCGUCUCCUGCAGUUCCUCCGCUGCAAACACCCUUCUGCGUCAGCUGGAUAUGGAGCUGGUGUCUCUCAAGAGACAGGUCCAGAAUGCCAAACAGAUGAACAGUGGACUGAAACACAUGUUGGAGUCUGGGAUCGAAGACUUCAGACUACCUGAGUGUAACCAGAAGGUGAAUGCCCGCUGGACAACAGAUGAGCAACUCCUGGCUGUUCAAGGUGUCAGGAAGUAUGGAAAAGACUUCCAAGCCAUCGCAGACGUAAUCGGUAAUAAAACGGUAGGGCAGGUGAAGAACUUUUUUGUGAACUACAGGCGGCGAUUCAACCUGGAAGAGGUCCUGCAGGAGUGGGAAGCGGAGCAGGGAACCAAAGCUCCCAACGGAGACAGUGCCACUUUGGGAGAGGAGGGAAAGAACAGCUCAAACACUCCAUCAGGAAAGAGCACAGAUGAAGAGGAUGAUGAGGGUCAAGUCACUUCAUUAGGUGCAUCCCCUGCUGCCUCUUCAUCAUCUUCAGCUCAGACUCCAAUGAUAUCUAGUACCUCCUCCUCUUCCCUUCACCAACCCCCUCCCCUUCUGCGCCCCUCCCUCCCUGCCACACCUUCUCUGCACCGUCAGCCUCCACCACUCCAACAGCAAGCCCGCUUCUUGCAGCCCCGAUCCACGCUGCAGCAGCCCCCGCCUCUCAUCCGUCCCUCCCCAAUGCCACCCCGCCUUAACCCCCGACCUUCUGGUCCCUUGACCCUCAGUGGAAACCCUGCAGGGUCAGGUCUAAGCUCUGCCCAGCAGUGCUCCAGCCUGACUGUCCACCAGUCGGACACAACCUCAUCUUCCUCUAUCCACUAACAAAUACACACUAUUUUUGUUUAAGAAAUGUCUAAGUCUUAACCUAAAGCUGUCUGAAAGACUGCUGCAUUCAGGUCCUGUGGGAAUAUCUGCAUAUCCCUCAAAAUGUUAACAGUGACUUUCAUUGCUACUGCUAAUAACCAGUUCUUUUAUGACAUAGUGAUAGACAGUCAGGUGAAAAAGAAAGUGCAAUCUCCUUCAAUUCUUAGGUUUUAAGUAUUGGGAGAAGGGCUGUCAUGAUACUUAAAUUUAAUAACAACCCCAGUCACGAUAUAAUAAAAAAAAUCAUCUAGACCUUCAUGUGGCUCUAAAAUGAUUUCAAUAAAACAUUAGAUGAACAACAACAUUUUACAGUUACACAUGACAUACACUACCUUCAAAGGUUUGGACACACCUUCUCAUUUAAUUGUUUUUUCUUUAUUUUCAUGACUACUUACAUUGUAGGUUCUCAAUGAAGGCAUCAAAACUUUGAAGGAACACAUAUAGAAUAUAUAUGUAGUAAGCAAAAAAGUGUGAAAUAACUCAAAACAUGUUUUAGAAUUUAGAUUCUUCAAAAUAGCCACCCUUGGCACUCUUAGCAUUCUCUCGAUUAGUUUCAUGAGGUUGUCACCUGAAAUGGUUUUCCAACACUCUGAAGGAGCUUGCAGCGAUACUGAACACUUGGUGGCCCUUUUGCCUUUACUCAGCGGUCCAUCUUAUCCCAAGCCAUGUCGACUGGGUUUAGGUGAGGUGACUGUGGAGGCCAACGCUCCACCACUCUCCUUCUUGGUCAAAUAGCCCUCACACAUCCUGAAGAUGUGUUUGGAAGGGAUGGCAUGUUGCUGUAGGAUGGUGUGGAGCCAUGCUGGUUCAGUGUGCCUGCAAUUUUGCAAAAAUCCCUAACAGUGUCACCAACAAAGCACCCGCAAACAAUCACACCUCAACCUCCAUGCUUCUCCAUCAGUUCUUAAAGUAAUGAUAGACUGUCAUGUCUCUUUACUUAGCUGCUUGGUUCUUUGCCAUAAUGUGAAUUCUACCAGUUGUCAAAUAGGACUAUCAGCUAUGUACCAACCUGACUUCUGCACAACACAACUGAUGGUCCCAACUCCAUUAAGAAGGCAAGAAAUUCCACAAAUGAAUCCUGACAAGGCCCACCUGUGAAGUGAAACCAUUUCAGGUGAAUACAUCUUGAAGCUCAUUGAGAGAAGGCCAAAGGUUUGCAGUGCUGUCAACAAAGUAAAGGGUGGAAGCUAAAAUAUAAGACAUAUUAGGAGUUAUUCUCAUUUUUUUCUUUGGUGCAUAAUUCCAUAGAUUUUGCUUCAUAUAUUUGAUGUCUUCAGUAUGUAUCUAAAAUGUAGAAAGUAGUAAAAUAAAGAAAAACCAUAAAAUGUGAAAGUGUGUCCAAACUUCUGAGUGGCGUUGUAUAGGCAGGGGUGCACAUAAGUGGUCCGCAGGUGCGUAUG